AUGAAGGCCGAGAUCCAGGAGCGCCGGCGGGCGACCUACAAGGCCGAAGACGACAUCAAGAGCAAGGAGAAGGUCAAGAUAAAACAGGACAUCCUCAUUGACAAGAUGAACGAGGACGUGAAGCGGUUGAACGAGCAGAAGGCGUUGCUGGACGCCCAGUUGGCCGCCCAGAAGCAGGAGACCGAGGCGGCGACCCAGACGCUGAGGGAAGCGGGAAAGGAGAUGGAGGCCAUCGAGUUCGAGAAGAGGCAGCUGACUUCCCAGUGGAGGUCCUCGCUGCUAGGAAUGCAGCGACGCGACGAGGCGCUCGGGGACGUGCUGAAGGCCAUGGAGGAGCUGGCAGAGGAGGAGCUGGCGAUCGACAACGAGCUGGCCGGGCUGAAGAACUCCACGCGCCAAGAGCAGGAGCGCAACGAGCAGAUCACGGCGCUGAAGGAUCGCAACGACAAGGAGAUGCAGUUUCUCCAGACGCAGAUGCAGAACCACAAGCAGGAGAGGGAGAAGCUGAUGGAGACUUUCACCAUGCUCAAGCAGACCAUGGAUUCGCACAGUCAGGACCCAGAGACGCAGCAGGUCAAGGUGCAGCUCAAGGCGCAGGAGAUGCAGCAGGCAGCGAUGGACAGGACGCAGCAGAUGCGGGUGCACCAGGAGACCAAGAAGCUCGUCCAGAAGAUCGACGAGCAGACCAGCGAGCACACCACUAGCGACCGAGAGAACAACAGCAAGAAACGCAUCAAGAAGAUUCAGGAGGAGACCAGACCAUCUCUCAGAAGGAGGUCGAGAACCAAAACUUGUACAACGAGAUCGCGCGGGUGA